UUGAACAAGAAACCGUAAAACCGUUCACCGUACAUUUCUCUAAAUUAAGUAUGUAUGAUCCCAUAACAGUUCAAUCCUUCGCCUAAAAAUCAACUGAAAUGACUUCUCUCGUACCAACGAUAUUUCUGAUUUUCUCAGGCGCAAGAUUCGGCCUUGGUCAAAUCAGCACCCUUCUUGUGGUCCCUCCAUUCGAUGUCCCUCCUCCCCCUCUUCACACGAAUUGCCACACAUUCGAAAUUUACCUCAACGAUACGACCAUAUCCAGUUUAAACAGGGAAGAUUUUCUGGUUUUGAGACAAACCGCAGUAAUUCUUCCAACUCAGAAUUGCACCGGAAAUAAUAAUUCAACUGAUAAUAAAGCGAUCUGUGCUGAAACUAGGGUCAAGGUCAACCCGGUUAUGAGUUAUGCAAAUUAUCGUGCGUCCGUUAUCGUCUGUAGGAAAUGGUGGGGAGAGAAAACACAAGGAUUAUUAGAUUCGCCCACUCCGAAAGAUCUCGAUACACUUUGCAUAGUUUUCCCCACACGACCCUGGUGUGACCCGAAGACUGUUUGUGGAUGGUACCCCAAGCUGGCCAUGUGUAUCAAGGGCAACUUCAAUUUAUCAUCGACGACAUCAUCAUCCGAACAUGUUUGGUUUAUUGCAGGCAUUCUUAAAAAUUCGAAUUAUACUUUAAGCAAUUGCGACAAAAGGCUUGACGUACUUUUAUCAAACGAUUCGUUUGACAGGUUGAAAAUCGGUAGCAUAAAGAAAAUGUCAAAUAGAAGGAAUUAAAAAUAAAAAGUACAGUUGAAGAGUGGUUUUGGAAAA